AUGCGCACUACCUUCUCCGCCAUUGCAGCUCUUGCUGCCGUUGCAGGUGCUCAAUCCACCACCUCCAUCGAUAUCGAUGCAAUUUCUGUUGCCAUUCCCACCAGUGUGUUCGUUCUCCCCGUCGUCUACGUGACUGCCGAGAACGCACCUACUUUGACCGCCACCACUCUCGCAACUACUGCAACUCCUUCAUCUGACCCCAAGGCCACAGCCGUCUUCGACUCAGCUGCCGAUGUCACCGCGGCUAUCGUGUCCGCUUCCGAGGCUGCAGCCGCUUCUGCCACCGCCUCCGUCGAGAAGCGCGAUGGAACCUGUAUUCAGCAGCCUCUGGGUAUCAGCCACGCUUCUCUGCCUGACACCGCUGCUGCUUUUGCAUCAGACGCUUGGUACGGUGUCCAGGCCGUUGCUGCUGGCACUCCCGCCGGCUUCGUUCAGACCUUCAGCAACUUGACUGCUUCCAACUCCGCUGAUGGUUACAUGGGUUUUACACUCUUGAGCUCCUACGAUGUUCCUACUUGCGGUGCUAAGUGCUCUGCCAUUUCUGGCUGCAACAGCUUCAACAUCUACUUCGAGAGAGACCCUCAGUACGACCCCUCUGUUGCGGCUUGCAACAACCCUGCCAGCACUGUCAACGUAAAGUGCGUCUUUUGGGGUGGUGCAGUUACAAGCUCGAACGCAAACAAUUUUGGUCAGAUGCGUGAUGGCUUCAACGUCGUAAUUGCUGGCUCUAACGGAUAUAUCGCCAACACCUAC